AUGGCUGACAGGAGCAAACGGCCCAGUGUGAAGAGCAAAGAGAAGAAGGUGGAGAACAAAACACACGAAGACAAAGAAAAGGAGAAGGUGAAGGAGAAAACGGUGAAGAAGCCCGACAAACUUGUGAAAAAGCCGGAGAAGACCCCCGAGCAGCCCAAGGCGGAGGAGGAGAGGACGAAAGAUGGAGGGACAACGGAAGGAGCGGAGGCCACAAAGACGGAAGAGAAUGGAGAGUUUGAGCCCAUAGAGUUGCCACCUUUUGAGAUCGUCACAGGGGAACAAAUGAGCCCAUUCUACUUUAAGUUUCAGUUCAGGAACGUGGAGUACUCAUCAGGGCGGAACAAGACCCUACUGUGCUUCCGAGUGGAUACAAAAGGAGGCAGCAUGGAGCCUCUGAAAGGUUAUAUGGAAGAUGAGCAUGCCACAGCUCAUGCUGAGGAGGCUUUCUUUCAACAGGUACUACCUAACUACAACUCCUCCCUGGAGUAUGAUGUCACAUGGUAUGUUUCGUCCAGUCCCUGUGUGGCUUGUGCAGCCAAACUGGCCAACAUCCUUCAGCAGCGUAAGAAGCUCCGCCUUUGCAUAUUCUGCUCCCGCCUCUUCGGGUGGGAAGAGCCGGAGAUCGUGGAGGGGUUGAAGGCCCUGGUCGGCGCGGGCUGCAAGCUGCGGAUGAUGAAGCCGUCUGACUUCCUUCAUGUUUGGGAGACGUAUGUGGAGAAGGAAGAGCAGAGCUUCACCCCCUGGGAGGACUGUCAGGAGAACUAUGACUACUACGUGGAGAAACUGUCUGAUAUCCUCAAGUAG